UACUUUUAACUUUGAUAAAAGAAAGUCACAUGUAUCUAUUAAACAUUAAUGCUCUUUAUGUUUAUACUUAUCUCAUACUUUAAUAUUAUUAUAUAUAUAGUUAUUAAAUAUUGAAGUAUGGAAACAAAUCUCUCUUUACUCUUACAUUUCACCCUAACUCUCUUCUUAACGAAUAUGAAUUUAAGUUGUUGGAGGAUGUUGUUAUUCUUGUUGGGUUAUAUCUUGUAUAUUAAUCGUUUUGUGGAUGCUGAAAUAUUGCAAACUUUCAGUGGUUUUAAAAUUGAAGAGCAACUUAAAGUCGUCAACAAACCUGCUACGAAAAUUAUCAAGACUAUACAUGGCGAUUCAUAUAGAUGUGUGGAUUUUUACAGACAACCAGCGUUUGACCAUCCGUCGAUGAAAAAUCACUUAUUUCAUUAUGAAAUGGGUCGGCCAUCAUCCUUACAAACUUCAAGAGCAAAUAAUGGAAAGUUUGGUUACUUGUGGAAAAAUGGCAUAGGAUGUCCCAUUGGUACCGUGCCUAUAAAAACAAUUGCUAAAGGUUAUAAGCCUAAUAAUUAUAAGCCUAGAGGUUCUUGGAACUUCACUUAUAAUAAAUAUAAUGUUGAUGGUAAUCAACAUCAUUUUGCAGUGUCUCGUACCAAGGGAAAAGGAAAAAUCUAUAAUGGAGCAACAAUGAUACUUUCUAUAAAUGAUCCUAAAAUUAAAUCUUUACAAUAUAGUUCCGCUCGUAUGCACGUUCAAAUUGGAGAUGAUUUUAUUCAAGCUGGGUGGACUGUAAAUCAAAAGUUGUAUUCUGACAACAAGACUCGAAGUUAUGUGUAUACGAAAGUGGGUGAAAAUCAAUGUUAUAACAGCCUGUGUCCAGCUGGGAUUAUAGUGGUCAGUUCAGAUAUUUCUCUUGGUUUUUAUUUAGGUCCUCCUAGUGUUCGUGGUUCAAGAUCAGGUGUCUAUUCUGAAUUUGGUUUACUCAAGAAUAAGGAAAAUGGUAAUUGGUGGCUCAAGUUAGGAGGACAAGAAAUUGGGUAUUGGCCAGGAAAAAAUUUUCAACAAAGUUUUGCCAACAAUAUCGAGUGGGGAGGAGAAGUAUAUAGUGCAUCUUUACCGAGUCCUCAGAUGGGGAAUGGUUAUUUUCCAGAAACGCAUAUAGAGUUUGAUGCCGUCAUCUUUAAUAUAACUAUAGUCAACGAAAAUUUUAAGAGUGUUGAGCGGAUAAAGAAUAGAGAGGCAUUUUCAGAUAACACUCGUGGUUAUAAAGUUUAUGAUGAUAUAUUCGUAGAAUUACCGAUAAGAAAUGCCAUAUAUUAUGGGGGUCCAGGAAAUAUCUAAAAGCGAGAAAAUAAUUUAUGUAAAAGUUAAAGAAAAAUUCUAAAAAAGCAGCUUGGUUACAAGCAUCUAAAAUUAAGUAUUCA